AUGCAUCCUAUCAAUCUUUACCUUCUUCUUACACAUACCUUGAUCACGAGCCUCCUAGCUAACCCAGUCCCCGUCACCAACCACACCUCCACCCCCAACAACGCCCGACGAUCCUACUUCACCCCCGUCCGCGAACCCGAAAUGCACCCAGUUGAAUGCCACGACGAAGCCGAAUUCCGCGGCCACGCCGACAUUAAGCCCAAAUUCUUCUUCGAGGGCGUCUACAAGUUCUGCCAGCAGCGCUACGACACGACGCAGGUCCUCGACGCGAGUGACGACCCGACGAACCCCGCUUACCACGACGGCAACGGCCGCCUGACCCGCAAUGCGAGCUGGCGGUACCGGGACUGGCACGGAGUCAACCACGACUUUAGAGUUUGGUGGGAGGCGGGCUGCAGGGUGACCGUCGGGAAACAGAGCGUGCGGCGCCCGUUGGGGGAGGAAGGGGGCCCCGUGUGGACGCCGGGGUGUUAUGAGAUCAUGGGGUCUACGCAUUAUGAGUGUAAAGGCAACGGCGGUGUUGGUGGAAGGAAGAAAGUCGGCUGCCUCAUUUACGAGUAUAAAGGGGGAAAGGGUGAUAAUGACGACCCGGCGUCUUGA